AUGCUUAAGGAAAGAGAAAGCUCCGAGGGGUCGCCUGCUACCCCGGACGAGUGCGCGGGUUGUGGGGGCAGAAUACAGGACAGAUAUUACCUUCUUGCUGUGGACCGUCAAUGGCACGGUGCCUGUCUGCGAUGCUGCGAGUGCCGACUGCCGCUAGACAGCGAACUAACAUGCUUCUCCAGAGACGGAAACAUUUAUUGCAAAGACGAUUAUUACAGAUUAUUUUGCGUGAAGCGAUGCGCGAGAUGCGGUAACGGGAUUACCGCUAACGAGCUGGUAAUGAGAGCCCGAGACAUGGUGUUCCAUCUAACUUGCUUCACAUGCGUCGCCUGCGGGACCCUGCUGUCCAAGGGAGAUGUGUUCGGGAUGAGGAACAGCCUGGUGUACUGCAGACCACACUACGAUAGCGUCUGUAUGGAUGACUUCUGUGAGGAUGACGUCAAUAGUGUUUACAGGUGUCAAGAAUUGAACAGCGAAGGUGACUCUCCGAAUCAGUACUUUCCCGUAGGCGUUAACCAGAAGGGUCGGCCGAGAAAGAGGAAGAUAGCUCACGGUCCUCAUGAAGACAUGCAAGUACAGACGAUGAGAAUGGCCAGUACGGCGCUAGACAUUCUUCACCGGGCUGACCUAUCAUCGUCAAUGGAGUCCUUGGCUUACGAUUCUUCGGUUGCAUCACCGGGAAGUGUUUCAAGUCAUACACAGCGUACUAAACGUAUGCGCACCAGCUUUAAACAUCACCAACUUCGCACAAUGAAAUCGUAUUUCGCCAUUAACCAGAACCCAGAUGCGAAGGAUCUUAAACAAUUGGCUCAGAAGACUGGCUUAUCUAAGAGAGUUUUACAGGUUUGGUUUCAAAAUGCUCGAGCGAAAUGGCGUAGAAAUAUGAUGAGACAGGAGUCAAAUCAGCUUGGACUGAUGACUCCUAAUGGAAGCACGGGACAUUCUGUUAAUGGUGGUCUUGUCACAGGCGUACCUCCACCAAAUGUAGAUCCUGGUAUGAUCAUGUCUGAACCAUUGCAGCCCAUGCAAGACAUUAGGGUUCACACUCCUCAUCCAAUGAGCUUCGGAGAAAUGUACUGA